CAAGAUUUUAAAUAUGUGCGUGCUAUGAUAACUACAUACAAACCUGUUUCAACAUGUUUUUGUUAUCUUUAAAUUUUUGACGACGUUUUUCUUAUUUUUGAAAUAAAUAUGUGCUUAACUGCUUAAUUCCAAUGUAUAGAUUAUUUUUGUUGCAUAUAGUAUUUGAUUUUUUUAAUAUUUUUUAUGUUUUCAGAUAUAAUUAAUAAUGGAUGAUUGGGAGUUGGUAGUGGAAGAUUAUCCAGCGGCAGCUGAUUUGAGGAAGUUCAGCAAAAUGCUCAAUACAGUCGAGGUAGCUUUAAAUGGAGAUUUGGCGCCUUUUGAGUUUGAUUGGAUUAUCAAUACUUUAUUCUACAAGCCCAUUAACCUGUUUGAAACAAUGACAGCGAACUGCCAAGACAACCAGUGGAUUAGACCGAUAUGUGAUGCAUUCAAGUUGAUAACCUUUAUUGUUGAGAAAUAUCCUGUUGAUUAUGAGAAUAUUGUAACGCUGUGUCUCCAGCCGUACAUACCACAGAUACGUAAAGAUGCCUUGAAGUGUUUAACGGCAGUGGCUCGAGUUAGUGCUGAGGCAGGACGCGAUAUACAGCGACUGGUCUCUGAAUUGGAAGAUAUUGUCACUUCCAAGGCACCGCUUGCAGUAUUGAUUGGCACAAUAGCUGAGUACCACCCAGAACUGGUGGCAGAUGAGAUUCAUCGUAUAUGGAGACUGUAUCUAAACAUGCUGGACUCCAAUAAAAAUACGGUGAGAUGUGUUCCAACAAUUUCUAUAAAUACGACCUCCGUUUCCAUCUCUGAGGUCCCGGGUUCGAUCUCCGUUUGGAUUAAUGUAGAAAAUGAACUUUUCUAUAACUCUCAGGUCUGGGUGUUGUGGUACCACUUUUGUUUCAGAUACUCCAUAAUACGGGGGCUUUAGCUACUCAUCUUGGAAUCUGACCAAUUAAUGUGAUGUUUUUUAUAUAAAAAAAUAUAUAAUUUGUAUUUGAUGUUUAUCAGUUAAUCCUCAUUAAAUAAUGAGGAUUAAAGUGGCUCUUGCCUGUACCCCAGCAAUAAAGAAGUUAAUGAGUCUAUUAACAUCUUUACUGCUGGGGUACAGGCAAGGGCCAUGUUUAUCUAUUGUGGUUUGGCCGUUGUCGAUUUCUUAAUGUGUCUUUAUAAAGUUUUGGUCACCCAUCCUAUGAUAGGCCCUUGUGAAAGUUGCUAACCACUAGUACAUACAUACAGUAAUGGUAUUUAAUUAAAGGAUACUGUUGUGUCGGCGGUGUUAGAAGGAAUACGCGGUUUGUUCAAGCAUUUCGGACGAGAUCUGCCCGUCGUGGAGUUUAAUGAUUUAUAUACGAAGAUUUCUAAAGAGUACAUUAUGAAAAAAGGAUGCGAGAAAGGAUAUAGUCGAUACAGAGUUGGUGCCGCGUGUACAAUCGUCGGUCAGCGAGGUCAAGUUCACGGCGUUGGGCAUCGCCCGGGGCGUGGUGGGGGCGCGUGACGUCACAGCAGAAGUCGAUGUACAAGUGCUCGAGCACGACUUGAAGUGUGGG